AUGGGCUUUCAGGUAGCACUUCUGAUACUGAGAGGGGUUAUCUCUGCUGUUGGAGUCGUGGGCAACGUAGUGUUAAUCCAAGCGCUCCUGAAGCUGCCUCGGCUUAAGACGUUCGAGAUCUUCCUGUUGGGGCUCGCGUUCUCCAACGUGGAGGAGAUCUUGAUCGUGGACAUCUACGACAUCACCAUACUUCUGCUGUCCCGGUCGCAGAUCAACGUCUGGUCGUGCCGCACGCUGAAGUUCCUCACCAUCCUCGGGGAGGUGGGCAGCAUCGCGUUCACCGUGCUCAUCAGCGUCUACCGCUACCAGAAGCUCCGAGACGCCGAGCGGCGCGCGAACAAGCCGAUCCUCAUGGACAGCACGCGCUCGGCGUACGCCUUCUGCGGCGGGAGCCUGCUGCUCGCCCUCCUCCUCGCCGCGCCCACCUACG